AUGGCUACGCACCAUCGAUAUACGGAGAUGCGAUCGCUGAGUGACUGCCACGCAAGUUUGGCAGCCUUCCAAAACCAGGGUCAGGGAGAAGGCGAACGCAAUCCCAACCCGUUGCCCAAUAGUAGUCUUCUGGUGGAUGAAGCUUCUGACGUGUCGAAGUCUGUGGCAAACGCCAACCCAAAUGCCGCCGUGUUCACUCUUUUGCCACAGUCUGAUGAAUGGGGCAGGGCGGUCUGGUCUCUCCAGAACAAGUUCCUGGAAUCCGGCAAAGGUCUUGACUGGCGUUUUGUUGCUUUCCACGACCCACAGGAUGAUGAUUCAACUUACAGCCUGGAUUGGAUCCGGAAAUACAUGAGCGGCGUCAUGAUGGAGGAACAUUGGGACAAGUGUUCGGCUGCUGGCCCCGCAACCCGGCCAAGUGAGAAGUUCCAAGAACAAUGUCCUCCGCUCAAGGUCUUGGCUUUUGAUGGCCACAAGUUGAAGUUGCCGGCAUCGGUUGAGAGCGCAUUGGGGUGUGUGAAGGGGAAGGAGAUGCAGCAGAUGAUUGAACGUGUCAACAACGAGAACAACAUGGAACUGCUGAAUGCAAACUCACGCAAGUCAGGCAAUGCUGCAAGAGGAGGUGGCAAGCAGGUUCGCACGCAGUGCCGCCCAGUGUUCAGCCAACCGGAUGAUGACAUGACUUUAAGGUCAAAAGCCAAGAGCUUUGUUGGAAGCAACAAGGUCAAAUUAGUGCUGACGGACGAAUCGGAGCUGUGGCUGCAGAACGCAUCAGACCAGCCAGUGGAACUGGGUCCAUGCGAAAUUUUCGGCUUCAAUGUUGGAGCAUUCACUGAAAAGAAAGCAGGCACAGCGAAAACCUUGAAGGAGAAGACCCUUGCUUUCAUGUUGCAGCGAGACACAGACAUGAUUGUGUUAGUCUCUGGUCAGACUAAACAGUUGUGCUGCUUCUCUGAUGUGGCUUGCCAAGCCGCUCAGAAGAGCGGUUUGACAGAGAUGUCCAUGGAAGAUCACACAGUCACGCAGCUGAUGAAGGACAGAAAAGUUUCACUUACUCUUGAGCGGCCAUGGAGUAGGUGCCAUGUCCUGUUUUUUUUGGCGAAUUGA